AAAAAAAAACCUAGGCGAUGCUGUUUUUUUUCCACCCUCUUCUUUCGACCGCUUAACUUAAGAAACCAAAGAAGGAUUCCGAGCAAAAUUUUCAUUGAUACUCAAGAGUUUCAAAAGCGCCAUUGUCAUGUCAGCGCCAAUCAAGGUCGUCGUGUUCGGAGCAACCGGCCGUACGGGGCGCGUCAUCAUCGAUGGCUUGAUUAAGUCGCCCAAUAACUUCGAAAUAGUGGCAGUGUGUCGACCUUCAUCAGUGGCCAAGCCGCAGAAUGAUUUGUUCAACCAGAACGGCGUCAAGGUCGUGGGCCUCGAAAUCACCGGGCCGCGGGAGCCUCUGGUCGACGUCAUCAAGGGCGCCGACGUCGUCAUUGCCGCCAUAUACUUCACCGCAGUGGAACAGCAAACCAUUCUCAUCGACGUUUGCAAGGAAGUCGGUGUGGGACGGUUUGUCCCCGAUAACUUCCAACCCGUAGUGCCUCCAGUUGGGGUCAUGGCGAUGAGGGAAGCGAAAGAGAAAAUCAUCAACUAUAUCAAGUUACAACGGGUCCCGUACACCAUCAUUGACGUGGCUUGGUGGUGCCAGAUUCUGCCCUACAAGGUCCCUUCUGGCCGUGCUGACUAUGUGGUACCUCAUGGCCCCAAUGACGCAAACCGCAUUCCCGGAAAUGGAAAUGUUCGCGUGUCAUUCUCUGACCUGCAAGCCGUCGGAGAGAAGGUGGCCCGGAUACUUGCCGAUCCGCGAACCAUCAACAAGUAUGUUCAUUCGUACGACGAGGUGAUGACCCAUCAUGAGGUGAUCCAGACUCUGGAGGAUGUUAGUGGCGAGAAGAUUGAAGUGGUCUACAAAACCGCGAAGGAAUAUCAAGACAUUAUCACUCAGAUGCGCCAGACGCUGGAAAACGACCCCACAGAUCAGAUGGCAGAAAUCUCCCGCACCGUGGCAGAGUAUCAGCUUUCCAUGUGUGUGCGUGGAGACAGCACCCCGGAGGUGGCCGACUAUCUUGGCUACCUAGAUGUGUACAGGCUCUACCCGGAUCUCGAGCCUUCGAGCGUGCGGAAAUAUUACCAGAGAGUUAUUGAUGGCAAGGAGGUGGCAGGCCGCAUCAAGUGAAAUGGUUCAAGGAUCCACAGAUUGUAUUGUGUUAUCGAAUAAUCAUUUGAAGAAUGAUAGUUGGUUUUAGAUGAUGUAACAUUAGGUAUUUUAUUCUUGCUCGUUUCGAAACUUCGAAAGUGACAAUAGGUUCCCAAUGCAGUCAUUGGACUCCUUUCAUACGAG